UUGAAUUCAGGUUUCCUUCACAUGUUUUAAGAAUUCUGUUAUAUUAAAAAAAAUUUUGUUCUUAUAAAAUGUUACACAUGUUAUAAUAUUCUUCUAUUAUCAUAAAUGCUCACUGUUUAUAAUAGUAAUAUUCAAACACAGAUUUAAUUGUAUAGAUAUCUGUAAUGAAAUGUUAUAAAUAACAAAUUUUCUCUUCUAAGAGAUUUACAGGUAAACUGCAGAAUACAAAGAUACUGCCGGUAUAAAACAUGAAUUCAAUUCAGAAGGUCUCCAGAUUUAAUUUCAAGAGAGUGUCUUGCUCUUAUUUACAUAUGCGAUGUUACCAUCCAUUGCAUUUCAGAAGCUUUGAUACCAAAUAUUCCAUUUGUCGUGCCUCUUCAAGGACUGUAAUAUCUUCAAGAAAUUUUUCACUUCCUCAAUUUUAUAUCAGUUUAUCACAAUCUGCUCCAGUUCAGUCAUUUCAGAACUUUUUACUGGACUUGCAUCAAUCGACAGGUCUUCCAUGGUGGGGAUUAAUUAUGUUGACAACUCUUGGCAUACGAACUGCUAUUGUGUUUCCUUUAGCUGUUCAUCAAAAUCAAGUUAUUGCAAGACUUUCUAAUAUAAAUGAUGAAAUAGGAAAGCUUGUACCAGAACUGAAUAAAGAAGUGAAUAUAGCAAAAGUAAUGUAUAAGUGGGAUGAAACUCAUGCAAAGAAAAUCUUUAAAAGACAACUUCGCCAAAUACAUAAUAAAUUUGUUAUUCGUGACAACUGUCAUCCAUUCAAGACUGUAUUGUUGAGUUUAUUUCAAGUUCCAUUAUGGAUUGUCUUCUCUAUUUCACUGAGAAAUCUCACCUUCAUGUCACAAAGCUCAAAUUCAGUAACAGAUUCAUUAAUUGCAUUAAAAAAUGAAGGACUUUUAUGGUUUCCUGACCUUACUUGUCCAGAUAUGUUUGUGAUUCCAAUAUUGCUUUUAUUUGUAAACCUGACUCUUACAGAAGUUCAUGCUUUACGAAGUAUUGGAAAAGGGUCAAAGCUACAAAAAUUUUUGAUAAAUACAUCCAGAGGAAUCAUAGUAAUAGUUGCUGUAGCAGCUACAAUAAACCCAUCUUCUGUGACUUUCUACUGGCUUUGCUCCAGCACAUUUGGCCUUGGGCAGAAUCUCUUGCUGAUGGUUCCAAAGGUUCGGAGAAUUUUUAGGAUUCCAAAAACUUCGAAAGAAAGUGAUACACCAUUUUCGGACAUUGCUGUAAAUUUUAAGAAACGGUUUUCUAAGUAAUUUAAUGUUGAAUAGGUAGUUUAAUAAAUUAUUUAGAUAUA